AUGGGCAGUCAGGAAUCGCUAGGGAGCGAAGCCUCAUUCUUGAGUUUGAAUCCGUCUAACGUACGCAAAACGCCUUCCUCAUUGUCCGGCAUCAAUAAAGGGACAGAUAGAAUUACGAUGAGCCAAAAAAAACUAAUGCACGAUAACAUAGCCACUAAAGGUAAGGACGAUUAUGCCUCUACAGUAAUGAUGUUGCGAAUGGAACUGGAUAAAUGCCGGAAGUGUUUGGAAGGUCAGAAAGUCGAAAUAAAUCGUCUCACGACUCUAAUGAAAGAAAAAAGCGAACAAUUCGAUUGCUUGAACCAAGAUUACGUAGAUUUUAAACACAGCAGCGAAGAAAAAAUUUCGUUCCUUCAUUCCCAAAUCGAGGAUUUUGAGAAGCAAAACGAUGAUUUGGAGAUCAAAUUCAAGGAAGAACAACAGAAACGCGAAGAUGCAGAAUUUCAAUUGGAAGAGCUGUCAAUCAUGAAAGACGAGAACAAUCGAAAAGAAAAGUGUACCUUAAAAUCCGAUUCGAUGGGCGUUAAUAACGCGGGUGAAGCUAUCAGCGAGGAAGUGUUCGUGGAUUUAGAGGGGGAUUUGAUACUGAACGAAAAAAUUCGAGAAAAAGAUGAAAAAAUACAAACACUUUACACCGAGAAUGAUUCAUUGAAAUCAAAGAUUGAAAAACUGGAGAACGAUUGGAUAGAACUCAAUAAUGAAAGACAAUCUUUAAUGUUAGCCAACUAUGAUUUGGAAAAGGUGUUCGUUUUGCAGGUCAAGGAAAUUGACGAACAAAAAGAGGAACUAACCAACAAAUGCCUCAAGGCGCAGGCUAGCAUCGAUUUAUGUCAUCAGAACUUCAUGGAACUGGAGGAAAAAUGCCAUAUAUACGAAAAGAGAAUCGAAGCGAACAACGCGGAUUCCAAUCGUAGAUACGAGGAAUUAAAGAGCCAACUCUUCGAGGAGAUGCAAGUAAAAUUAAAACUGGAAGCUCAGAAGCUUAAGCGAGACAGGAGUGAGGAAAAUCGUGCUUACCGAGAUAAAAUAAAGCAGUUAGAAGCCAUUAACGCGGAAGUUCUGGAGAAAUUUGUAUCUAGUUCUCAAAAAAUGGAAAGACUUGAUCAAAAUUACAAGAUGAAAGAAGUGGAGCUGCAAAAUUUCUUCUCUAUUAAUGCCGGUUUAAACGAAGAAAUUGAAAGGAUUCAACAAGAAUUGUAA